GCUUUAUGAUUUUGGGUUGUUUUUGAUGAACCAUCUCAUGGUGACCCAGACUCACGGCAGAGCAUCCGUCCAUCACUACAGCUGAGAAUGCACUGGGACAAAGCACUGCCGGCCCCCGGGCCCCCGCGGCCGUACCAGGGUGUGCGGGUGAGAGACCCCGUCAGAGAGCUGCUGAGGAGGAAGCGAGGCCUGGAGCAGCAGGACGGCCCCGGGACAGCACCCCCUGCUGUGGAUGCGUCUCCACACCAUAACCCCUCCCCCUACACACCAGUCAGUUGCUCUGGGUUCGGGGGCCAGAGUGGCGCCGUGGACACAGGACGGGGCCCCGGCCACGGGGGAACUGGGCAGUCCAGCACCCAAGGGAGUGUCACUGGGUCUGCGGGGGAGGUGUACAUGAAGACCCUGGGCCCCAGCUACGCCCUGGUGGGACCUCCCCACACCCUGCUGACCUACACGCACGCCCCCCUCCUCACAGGCCUGGGGAUGGAGGGUCCGGACGCUGGGCUCACCUACUUCCCCUGGGGGGCCCCACCCCUUGCCUCCAUUUCCACCCUGCCCCCCCCCGCUGUUCAGCUGGCGGCCCGCUCUGUACCCUGGCCCUGCUCCGCCCUGGUCCACAGGCCCCUGUCCGGGCCCGGCCCCGGCCCCGUACCUGGGGCCUUUGUGAGUGCCACGCUGCCCAAAGCUGAGGUUUUCCAGGAGCCAGAGAGGUCGGUCUUUCCCCAGCCGGUCCGAGAGGACCCCAGCCCACACCGGCACCACCCAGACCUGGAGGCCUCGAUGGAGCGGGCCCCCGGGCCCCUUGAUCACCUGGUGGAGCAGGGCCCCGGGCCCCUUGAUCACCUGGUGGAGCAUGCCCCCGGGCCCCUUGAUCACCUGGUGGAGCAGGGCCCCGGGUCCCUUGAUCACCUGGUGGAGCAGGGCCCCGGGCCCCUUGAACACCUGAUGGAGCAGGGCCCCGGGCCCCUUGAUCACCUGGUGGAGCAGGGCCCCGGGCCCCUGGAUCACCUGAUGGAGGCCUCGAUGGAGCAAGGCCCCGGGCCCCUUGAUCACCUGAUGGAGCAGGCUCCCGGGCCCCUUGAUCACCUGGUGGAGGCAGAGGUGAAGCAGGGCCCCGGGCCCCUUGAUCACCUGGUGGAGCAGGCUCCCGGGCCCCUUGAUAACCUGGUGGAGGCAGAGGUGGAGCAGGCUCCCGGGCCCCUUGAUCACCUGGUGGAGGCAGAGGGGGAGCAGGGCCCCGGGCCCCUUGAUCACCUGGUGGAGGCAGAGGUGGAGCAGGGCCCCGGGCCCCUUGAUAACCUAGUGGAGCAGGGCCCCGGGCCCCUUGAUCACCUGGUGGAGGCAGAGGUGGAGCAGGGCCCCGGGCCCCUUGAUCACCUGGUGGAGCGGGAGAUGGAGCCCAUGAACCCACUGGAGAGACUUCUGGAGGAGCCCGAUGAAGGGGGGUCAGGAAGGGGGUUCCGGAGAGGUUCAGGAGCUCUCUGUUCUCAGUCCAUAUUUGACCCGUUGACCUAAAACCACUGGUAUUGUGUCAAUAGGUCGUAAUCAAUAUGAUGCACUCAACAUAUUACUAAAUGUAGUUAUUCAUGAAACUAAGAACUUGUUGGUAUCAUGACCCUUAAACAUUAUUUUUUUGAACAUGUGUUAUUCUGAAAUAUUCGGUAUGUUGUGCAGAUUAUUUAAUCAAACUGGCGGAAAGUGUCUAAUCUAUAAAUGCAGUUUCCUUUUUUUUAAGGGCACUGUACUUUCUAUCAUUUAUACACCACUAUAUAAUAUAUAUUAUCCACGAAAACUAGAGUAGUAGAUGUUUUUGUUAAAUGGUUUCUUGUAAUCUUGUAAUUUUUUGUUUAAGCGUAAAAUCAAACGUGUGGUUAAAUUCAGCCUUGUUAUAUGUAGUGGUACAAAAUGCUAUGGAAAAUACUUCAAUGUUCAAUGUUUAAUGGCAGACAUAACUGGUACCUGUAUUUCUGUCUCUUUCUUUCGCCGUGUUUUGUUUAUCCAGGGUGGCAGAACACAAUGGCUCACAGACUAUUUUGUUAAAGUCCAAAAAAUAAAGAAUUAUCCA